AUGACGACCGUAAUCGUUUUCGUCUAUUUCUUCCUCAUUCACUUGAUCGCCGGCACCGUGUCCUCAGUAUCUUCUCCGCCCUCCACCAUGCCCAAGGUCGGCGAGGAGACUGGCAUCUGGGAUAGACACCAGAUGGACGUGAGGCUCUCCUUGCGUCGUGUACUCAGCGAACGCAAAACUAGAGAAAACACAACCUGCGACAGGGAGCCCCGGGUCUGCGAGAUCGCGGGCAGCCCUGGUCGCGAUUGCUGCCAGAAGCGCUGCGUGAACCAGAAGACGGAUCUCUUGAACUGCGGGGGCUGCGAGAAAAGAUGCACAUACGGUCAGGUCUGCUGCCAGGGGAAAUGCACCAACAUUCUUUUCGACUGGAGAAACUGCGGUGCCUGCAACCGACGUUGUAGGAGGCCCAACUCCUGUCGAUACGGCAUGUGCGACUACGCGUAG